AGAGUUGUUCUUGCAUAGCUCUGUAAAGAGGGUGUUCAAACCCUGAGAAUUUUCUAACAGUUUUCUUUCUCACAGAGCAGGCUUUCUUUGUGUGUUGGAAUGUGACCUUCAGCAGAUUAGAAUGUGGAAAGGGAGCUGCUGACCUACCUGGGAUGCGUGUGUUGUGGCUGCGGGGAGGUGGGAUGCAGGACAUGUCCGUGUGUCACCAGGAGCCUGGAGCUCAGUUCCUUUCUCAGCUGCAGAGUACAGCUGUCUGUCUGCUCUUUGGCUGGGACCUUCCCAGAACUCCUGUGCUGGGGUAGGAAGGAGAGGACUCACUGAUGACAAUAGUAAUGCUUUAUCUGGUGUAAUACACGAGGGACUCUGUAGGGACAGGCAUCUGCUGUGACUUGUGUUCUCACACUGAGUCUCCAGAGUUGAGACUGUGAAGGGGGAAGCUUAGAAAUAAAUUUAGGUGGGAAAGAGAGGAGGGAGAAAGUGUUACAGCCUAAAAGCAUAAGAAAGUGCCUUGGAAAAUGUGAAAUCAUAGGAAAGAUAAAAACAUUUUGAGAUGGCUAAUGUUGCCACAGCAAGAACCUGAAAUUAUGAUUUGGUCCUGUAUGUACUCUUUAAGUAGGGGAAGAUGAAAUUAGCACUCUGGAGCCUUGAUUGGUUUACCCCUUUCUUUAGUUAACCUGGAAUGAGAUGAUAAGAUGUAUGGAAGAGAGGCUGCAGCCAGUGCUCUUUAUUUCUUCUUUUUAAUUUGUUUUUCCACAUUUGGAAGCACCAGCAGCUGGUUUGCUGAGAUGAUAUGGUAUCUAAUGGUGGUUAUCAGCUUGAUUGUGAAGCAUGAAGAGUUUGGUGAUGUUUUUUCAUCUGGCUCAUUUGCUAGAACAGCUCACUGUUGCAAAAUCUCAAGUGAGAAUGCUAAUUAGCUUUUCUAUUGACCUGUGGAAGAUGGAUCUGUUCUCGUAGCUUGUGUCUGGAAUGAGGCUGGCAGACAUUCACUAGUGCCAUGGCCAUUGGGUAAGUACAUUGUUUAAUUCUGAAGUGUGAAAUAUGAGGAGAAGAAACUAUGAAGUUACAACCACAUGUCUGCAUUACCUCCUUCACCUGCCAGUUGCUCAGCUGGCUUGUGUGUUACUGAGCAGUCCAAGGAGAAAUUGCUGUCCUAGUGAAACAGCAGAGCUCGGAUGUUCAGCAUCACUCUGCUGCUGAACAGUCCUGAGCAGGUAUAAGAUAAGGAUGGGUCUAGUUAACUGCCCUUUCCCUGUGAGAAAACUCUGUGGAAAAUCAUAGGGAAGGAGGAAUUUAACACUGCUCAAAACCCAUCUAACAAGAUUUCAAAUAUCUAAAUUAAAGAUCCAGUGGCAGCAAUUAAAGAAAACUAAAUUCUCGUAUGGAUCCUAUAGGCAACUAUCCUUAAUUUGCUUUAAAGGAGGAGACCGAAAAUCUGUGAGUGAGUAAGGAAAUUGUAAAGCAAAGCUCUAGUAAGAUUUUCAGAGGCAUGUCAGGGACAGGCUGAGUGCAGUGCAGGAGCACUUGCAGCUGGGCACAGGAGCAAGCAAGGCUGCCCCACUCCAGAGCAAUUCUUGCUCUGCUGAAGCCCGCUGGAGUUUGGUGUCGGUGCUUGCACCGCCUGUUUGAGGUAACAAGUGCAUGUCCUGAGGCUGGGCUGUUCACAGCACUGCUGUGCUGGGGUUCAGCCACUGUGCAGAAGGGAAUGCUUCCCUCUGCAUGCCUUUCCAGAGUGCUGGCUGGCCAUUAUGUAAUUGCAGACUGACGAAAUAUUCUUACUCUUCUGAGGAGAAACCGUUGCCUUUCGCUGUCAUAUUUGAUCAGCUGGUUUAAAAUGCAGUUCUCCAGUAUCCGUUUGGGUCACACCAAGGAUUGAUGAGCAAUUUGGUUUUACCAUUUUGCUCUUAAUUUUAAACCCCCAUCAUUUGUGGACUUCAGAAGUUACAACUUGUGCUUUAUGCAGCCUCCUCUUCAACAGUAGUGAGUGCAUUUGCAAGAAUCAAAGAUAAAUGAAAAAUCCAGCUGGUAUGUGGAUAAUUUUGCCAUACCAAAGCAGUAGACAAACAUUCCAUUUUUUUUUCCUGGCAUGGUGCCUCUCACUAGCAGCUCUAAUUUAUCAUAGAAAGCUGCAAGUGACAGCAUGUGCUAAACCACUUCUCCAGUGAGCUACCUUUGGGGGUUGAAAGAAGGAAGAUGUGAUUUUCUAUGGCCUUGCUGAAAGGAGCCAUCAUUCAUUCUUCUCAUGGUUGUGACUUGGGUACCUAGUACCAGAUGUAAGUAAUAAGAGAGAAAGAAACCGAGGAGCUCAGCCAGGCACAGCACUGGUUUUGGGGCACUUUCCCUCACUUCAGUUUGGCCACUCUGCUCUAAAUAAGCUCACAGUGACCUUGCUAUAAAGGCAACAGGACCCUCAAAAGGAAAAGUGCUAAAACCCCACACUCAGUGCCAGUUCAGGGUAUUUCAGCCAGCAGAUUUUGAUUCAGGAUGCCAGCUAAUGAUACAAAAUUGAGUCUUGGGAGUAGACUGAACUCUUCUUUUUGGACUGGUUCCAGCUGAGGACUAAAGGGCACUUUUUGAUUAGGAAUACUGCAUGUGCCUUCAGAGUGAGCACCACAGUGAAUCAACUCCUAAAUGAGUAACUCAGCUCCAAGGAAUUCUCUCUGGAGUAAGACACUGGCUGAACUACAGGGAGAAAAUCCUUGUCAGCUGGGUAGCUGGUUCCAGUUUGAGGUUAUAUUUGUCCAAUGAGACUGAAGUGUUGCAGCACUAGUCCUGUAAUAACCCAAGCUGCAGAAAAACAGUGGUAUUGAAUGGAGAGGUUGCCUGUACCCACAUUUCUGGUAGUUUCCUGGUCUUUUUCAAACCUCUUCUCUGAGCUGUUGAGUACAAGCAGUGAGGACCCCUUGGGCAGGUGCUACAUAACUCCUUAGCAGUGCUAUCUGAAGAAUGGCCAGGCAGAACUGCUGCAGAAUUGCUCAACACAUGUUCUUUUGAGAAAGAUUUAAUUGCCCAAAUAAAUAAAGCAUUAAUCCUGCCUGCUACAUACAUCACAGUAAUAUGUUUUUCAGGGGUAACCCUUAGCCUAAGAAGCCUCUUUAGUAUGGAGGAGUUACUCUGUGCUUUAGAAAUGCAGUGUCUUGCUGCUACCCUGGUUCCACAGGGCAUCCUGAAUGACUGAAAGGUCAGGGGUGAGCUGAGUUUGUUUCCCUGGAGGUAUCCAGCAUGUUGUCCCCAGGACCUUGCAGGGCUGUUUUACACUGACCCUGAUUGUUCAAGGGCAAGCACAUUUGGCUAGAUUUGAGAAUAUUUUAUUGGAUUUUCAACUUCCUUUUUUGAUCUGUUGUAUAUGAAAUUAAGUGUGUAUAAAGCAAACAGGCCUUAUUUUUAAUUGGCAGCUGGGAGCUCGAUGCCUGUCUCAGGUGCAGAAUAGAGAGUUGCCUCAGCCCCAGUCCCCCCGGGUACCUGCUGUUUAUCUCUGUGAUGUGUGUCAGCCACAUCAGCCUGCUGGCGUUUCCUCUGAGGUGUGCAGGGUAACCUGAGCUCCAUAUUCUCACUGGCACGGGGUCGGUGACAGCUGCAGCCUUGCUGACAGCUCGUGGAAAGAACAGGGAGAUCUGAAACACUAUAGCUCUGCUCAGCCCCCAGGAUGGCAAACUCCCCCGCCACAGGCCUCUGCCCAGCUCCCUGGGUCCCCAGUGAUCUUUCUCACCUAAGCAGAGGCUCUGGAUGCCAGUAGGGUUUUUUUGCCUACCUUUGGGGCUGUUGGGUCAGUUGUGACCUGGGGCAGUACAGUGCUUUGAAUCCACGUGGAUCAUGUGGGUGUGACAAGUUCCCUGCUGCCCUCCUGUUUCCCUCCCAGCUUUUGGGUGGAUGUAGGUUUGUACACAGGUGACCCAGGUAUAAAGAGGUGUGACAGUGGUGCAUGUCCUCCCCUGCAGCAGGGCUGGCUCCUUGCUAAGGAGCUGCCAAGGAAAAGCCUGAUGGUGCUGCUGGCUGGGGCAUCUCAAGGUGGGGGUGGCAGAACUGAGCUAAAGUAGCAGGAUAGUGUGAAAUAAUCUGGAGUCUUCUCCCUGAUAAGCUCCACAAUUCUGGCAACAGUUCACCCUAACUCUGAACUCUGAGAUUCCCUUGGAAUGACAGAAAAUUUUUCAGGCUUUGUAGAGGGAUUAAGUAGGUUAAACAAACAUUGUAGGACAGGGUUAGAAUUGCAUCAGCCAGUGGCAUCGGCCAAUGGCAGCCCCUGUGGGCUCACCUCCUGAGCAGACUCCCUGGGCAUCUUCUGCCUGCAGAUCACGUUCUUUGUACUGUGUGAUAGUGCCAAGGACUUACAUUGACCCCAGUUCCUGAACAGAAAUGGUCCCUGGAUGCUGUGUGCUCCUGGAGGUCAGGGCAGCACCCAGGAAACAGCUGUCCCUGCAAACAGGAACAGCACAAAGAAAAUAUUUGAUUUAGAACACGAAGAGGAACUAAGUAAAACCUUUGAUCUCAAGAGAGUUUCCUGUUUGUAGAGGAAAACUCUUAGGUCUCAGAAGGGGAGCAGGGUGUCUGAGCAAACCCCUUCUGCAUACAGGGGACCAGAGUAACAUUUUGUUGUGUUCUUUUGUGAUUACAACAAUCUUCCAGCGAGCAAUUUUCAUCCCUGAUGUGAUGACAAGGGAAGAUAGUCAGGUCUAAGUCUGUGUGUGUGUCCUUCCUUCUCCCUUUCCACAAUCUGUGCUGGGCAGUGUGGUUUGUCCUAAGAUAAGAUGAAAACCUCAGACAGGUUUUGCAGGAGGAACUCACUGAAUGCUUGCAUGAUUAAUGCAUUCCAGAGAUGGGGGAGCUGAACUGUUUGUGAUUGACUGUGGUGCACAUCGACCUGCAGAAGGGUAUAAAAUGCUGCUGGAGUCUGGGCCAACCAUGCAAACUGUUCUUCCAAGGUCACAGGCAGCUUCUGGGUGGUGUUUGUUAUCCCUGCCCCUCCUGGGGACACCUGCAAGGUAUGUCCAGCCAGAAUGCAAGGAACAUUGCACUUUUGGAGGAGUAGUGAAAAACUGUAAGAUCUGGUCAAAUACAGAGAUAAAAUUCUAAAGCAGCUCCAAAGUUGCCUUAUAGCUUUGUAAUUGUGAAUUCUGCAAGGUCAAAGACUGCAAAUCUGUAUGUUUCUAGCCAAACUUGAAUAUUAUAAUCCUUUAGACAAAUACUGUAACCAAAUCUGAGAUUUGGUCUGAGCCACACCAAGAUUUCUCUGAGAAGUUUAGAAAGUGAGUGGGUCUCACUGAAGCUUGUGACUUAAUGAGAGGGACCGUUCCUGUAUACACAAUAUUUUGUAAUAGAUGGUAGAGUUGUUGUUUAGGUACUGCAUUUAAAAACUUUACUAGCCAUAAAUCUAAUCAUAAUCACCCACGUAAUCACUGUGUCCUACUUCUCAUGUCUGGCCAAGAACCUUCCCCUGACCACUCUGUUACUCCUGGGCUGCACAAAAACCAGCAUUAAAAGAUGUCUUGACCACAUGCACAGCCUUGGUGCCUCUGUUUAGCAGGUGCACCCAGGUGCCUCCUGGGGCUGGGGGAGAUCAGCACGAGUUUUGCCCUGCGACUCUGGGAAUUGUCUUCCCUGCGGUUUCAGGGAUGUCCGAGCGUGGCUGGUCAAAGCCCGGCUGAUGCCAUGCCUCCGUGACAGAUGCUGCCUGGCACGAUGGCAGGCACUGGUGUGGGGCCUCUGCACGCCACCCCGGGCCCGGGGCCACCCUGCAGUGCCCAUUCCCUCUGCUGGGCGCAGGGCCAGCACAGAAAUGCCUGCGGAGAUAGCACAGGCGCCAAGCCCCAUCAGCUGCCCUGUCCAUCUUUAGGCCGGGCUCGGGUUACCAGCCUCCUCCCACAGCUGCCUCCAGGGACGGGCAAAGCCACCUCCCGGCGCCUGGGCUGCAGGCGGUGGGGGAGCACAGGAGGCAUCCCGGGCAGGGAAAAGACUGAUGCGAUUUCUGUGGAAGGGGUGAAGGACGCUGCGAACACGCCUGAGCUAUGGCAUCGCUGUGCUACAACAAGGGCUGCGGGCAGAGGUUUGAUCCCGAGCACAACGCCGAGGAUUCCUGCCUGUAUCACCCAGGUGUCCCCAUUUUCCACGAUGCCCUGAAGGGCUGGUCUUGUUGCAAGAAACGCACAACGGACUUCUCCGAGUUCCUCUCCAUAAAGGGAUGCACAAAGGGGUUUCACAGCAAGGAGAAGCCCUCUGAGCCUUCCAGCCAAGAGAAGACUUCAGAUGAACCAAAGGCCAAACCAGUGAAGGAGCUCAUCUUCCAAGGACCAAAGUCAGCUGAGAAGAUGCUGCGGGAAAGACCGAGCUCUGAUGAGCCAAGACAACUGCUGCCAAUUAAAGUAUCCAGGUCUCUGGAGCAGGCACUGGAGAAACUGAACAUGUCCUCUGAGGACAAGACGCUCGAGAGCAGUUGUACAGGCGAGGAGGCUGCCCAGGUGAGAGCUGGCACCACGUGCAAGAACGCAGCCUGCAAGGCGAUCUACCAGGGCCCAGAGAGCGACACAGAGGUUUGUACAUUUCAUCCUGGCGUUCCUGUCUUCCAUGAGGGGAUGAAGUACUGGAGCUGCUGUGGAAUCAAAACCACAGACUUCAGUGCCUUUAUGGAGCAGCCGGGCUGCAGCCGUGGGUGUCACUGCUGGACAGAAAAGAAGGACAAGAAGGCGGUGCUGUGCCGGCAGGACUGGCACCAAACCGGCAGCCAGGUGGUGGUGACAGUCUAUGCCAAGAACCCCCUGCCUGCCCUCAGCAGCGUGAAGGCCAAUCGCACCGUGCUCGAGGCUCAUGUCAUCUUUGAAGGGAAUAAGAUUUUCCAGGCAGAACUGGAGCUCUGGGGGACCAUUGAUGUAGAGAAGAGCUUUGUGAGCAUGGUCCCAGCCAAGGUGGAGAUCACGCUUUGCAAAGCCAGCCCUGGCUCCUGGGCCAGGCUGGAGCUCCCCCAAAGCAAAUUGCAGUCCUGUGGUGAGCAAGAGAAGGAAGCUGCAAACACAGAGGAGCCCGGGGCCGUGCAGGAUGAGGACUCUGAUGACAGCUUGAGCUGGUCGGAGGAGGAAGAUGAAGAGCUGGAGAUGGGAACACCAGAUACGAUAACAUCAAGUAACUGAUGGUCAAGUGCUGCAGCAGCUGAGCACUGCUGGUUCCUGAGCUGCUGGGCACCUUGGCACCAGCUCCAGAAGAGCAGACCUAGUCCAGAACCAUGUGCAGGCUGCAGCACGGCCUCUCCUCGGGUCAGAAGGGACAAUUAAUAAACACCCAGAGCAAAGGUUGUCCUCUGAAAUCCGUGAUGGGCGUCUGAGAAACAUCAGCGGGCCAAACCCUGCCUUCUGUCACUUCCUCUUCUUUGCCUGGCUGGGCUCUGUGUCUGCAGGAGGAGUCUCUGUGCCCGCAGCUUCGGUGUCUGUGGGCACUGGGUGUUCAGAGCCCAGUGCCCUCCCUCACCCCGGCAUUUCUGGGGGUGGACACAGCCUUCCCCGCCGCUUCUGGGGGUGCUGAACCCCGGGCUGAGCUGAGUGUAAGCUCCUGCCGUCUCCCUCGCCCGGCGCUGGGGAGGCCGGGCCCUGCGGCUCUUUGUCGGGAGACCGCGGACACGGGAACGUCACCGCGGCCGGCAGCUCCAGCGGGGCCGUGGCGUUCCUGCGCAGCCCUUUAGAGGCGUGAAACCGCCCGGGGGAGCAGCGGGCGAUGCCGAAGGCGCCCCGGGGCCGGCGGAGGCGGCGGAGGCGGGGGAUCUCCGCGGGAGCUGCGCUGUGUAACGCGGCACGGCGCCGGCAGCGCGGGCGGAGGGCGGCGCACGCCCCGUGUGAAAAACCCAGCAAUCUUCCGCCACGGCGCCGCUUAAUUGGACAGCCUCGUGUAGAAGCUCAGUUUUGCCAUUCUUUCUUUUUGCUGGCAUUAUCUUUGUUAGAAAUGUAUCGUCCUUAUUAAGAAUACAUGUUAGGUAUUUGUGUCUGUGCACACAGACACGCGUGCGUAGUUUCUGCUUAGGGGCUUUGAAGUGAAUCUACCGAGAAAUCAUCCCAAGUCAGACCAAACCCCCUCGCUCAAGAUGUAUUCGGACAGCGCGUAAUUACAAAACAACGAAUUUAGCACCAGCAGGAUCACAGUGCCGCGGAUGGCGGGGCUGUAUCGGGGCAUGGCAGCACUACAGCGCGGCCGCAGCGCCGAGCCGGGCCCGAGGCGGCGCCGG